AUGAGAGAGUAUAAACUUGUUGUUUUAGGAUCUGGAGGUGUGGGGAAAUCGGCCUUGACUGUUCGAUUCGUACAGUCUAUCUUUGUAGAGAAGUACGACCCAACUAUUGAAGAUUCGUACCGGAAGCAGGUAGAAAUAGAUAGCCAGGAAUGUAUGCUCGAAAUAUUGGAUACGGCUGGUACUGAACAAUUUACAGCAAUGAGGGACCUUUAUAUGAAAAAUGGCCAGGGAUUUCUAUUGGUCUUUUCAAUAACGAGCACUGUCACUUUUGACGACCUGAGUCAGUUGAAGGAACAAAUUUUGAGAGUGAAAGAUUAUGAAGCUGUUCCUAUGGUAUUGGUUGGAAACAAAACAGACCUUGAAAAUGAGCGUAUGGUGUCUAAAGAGGAUGCUUUUGACAGAGCACAAAAAUGGGGCAACAUACCUUUCUAUGAAACGUCAGCUAGAUGCAAAAUCAACGUAGAUGAAGUAUUUUAUGAUUUGGUUCGACAGAUCAAUAGACAGACAGCUACUAAGGAAAAACAGAGGAAAAGGUUUCGAUGUAAUAUUCUAUAA